AAGUAUAUCAGCAGUCACCAUAUUUUGACAAUUGAAUGCUAGCAAUGAAGCUAGACUAAUGCAUCUCUCAGUCAUGACACAAAAUUGGUUCCGUCUUCAGCUAACCACUUCUCAGUAAAGUUAGUUGCCUGAGCACCACUAUGAGUUUGCAUCAUCUACAGGAUAUCCUGCUUGGUGGUGAACAUGUCUGCAGCACAGAUCAAGCUUUUAGGAGUAGUGGCACUCCUCUGUUCAAAUAAGAUAAUACAUUAAUGAUCUUGAAAAAGGGUCCACAGUGUUCAAUAAACUAAACCAAGCAUUCCAAGCAUUCAUGAUGCACAGGGGAUGUGCAGGUACAUAUGCAUGCCAUUUGGACUUAAAUCUGAACUCAGCUAUGCAGUAUAGUUUGGCCACAUCUAUCCGCCCACACCACCCCCCACCCCUGCCAAAGACAUCUGUUGGAGAAAAAAAACUGCAGAUAUAGGUUCCCUUGCUCUUGACCUUGUUAAGAGUCACUACAGCCCCCAGAACUACUGUCACAUCAGAGUGUCACACCCAGAGAGACAACUCAACCCAGUUUGACAGAAUGAAUAUCACUGGAUUUCCUGUUCACACCACGACAGGGGGGAACAUCACAACCAUUCCCUUCAACUCUGUGAGUGUUGAGAAUGGGAAUUCAUCCAGUUACUCAUAUGAGAACUCAUCCAGUUAUGCAUAUGAGAACUCAUCCAGUUAUGCAUAUGGCACACAUUUUGCAGACACAUUUGAAGUAACCACAUACGACUAUGGUGACUAUGAUGAUGGCGUUUGCAAGUACAAGGCACACGGAGCCAGCUUCCUGCCAGUGCUGUACUCUCUCUUCUUCAUCCUGGGGUUUCUGGGGAACGUUCUGGUCCUGUGGGUCAUCCUGCUGGGGGUGAAACUACGCAACAUGACCGACGUGUGUCUCCUGAACCUGGCCUUGGCAGACCUGCUCCUGGUCUGCACCUUGCCUUUCCUGGCACACCACGCUACAGAUCAGUGGGUGUUUGGUGAUGUCAUGUGCAAAGUGGUCCUCGGCGCCUACCACAUUGGCUUCUACAGUGGCAUCUUCUUCAUCACCCUGAUGAGUGUGGACAGGUACCUGGCCAUAGUCCAUGCUGUGUACGCCAUGAGAGCUAGAACACGGAAGUACGGGGCCAUCGCUGCCGUCGUGACCUGGCUGGCUGGAUUCCUGGCCUCGUUUCCUGAGGCACUGUUUCUUAAAGUGGAGAAACACAACGAGAAAGAAAAUUGUCGCCCUGUCUAUGAUGACAGGGCUUUGGUCAUUUUUGGCCUUUUCAAAAUGAACACACUUGGUCUGCUAAUCCCCCUCGUCAUCAUGGGGUUCUGCUACACACAGAUAGUGAGAAGGCUGCUCAGUCGCCCAUCCUCCAAAAAGCAGGCCAUCAGACUCAUUCUCAUUGUGGUUGUGGUGUUUUUCUGCUGCUGGACUCCGUACAACAUGACGUCAUUUUUCAAGGCCUUGGAGUUAAGUGAGGUCUACUCAAGCUGUGAGAGUAGCAAAGCCAUCAGACUCACUCUACAGAUCACAGAGGCCAUGGCCUACUCCCAUAGCUGCCUGAAUCCCAUCCUCUAUGUGUUUCUGGGGCAGAAGUUUAGAAGGCAUCUCAUAAGACUGAUUAACAAGGUUCCCUGCAGGCUGUGUCAGUUCAUGAAGAACUACCUGCCCCUGGACUUCAGAGCCUCGAGGACAGGAUCUGUCUACUCACAGACCACCAGCGUGGAUGAGAGGUCUACUGCCGUGUGAACAGCAACUUAACUGCAAAGACAAAUACAUCUAACAUCACAUAUACUGUUCAUUACAAAACAUAUGUAAAUACCAAAUCCAGUGUCAAAUACAAUCAUCUGAAAAUAAUAAAGUACUGAUUCAGGUGCAUGGCAAAGUCAGGAAAUUGUCACUCAUCUCAGAGUUUCACACCAGAGGGUUGAUUUUUACAGAAAUCAACCCAAUCAAUAUAAAUUCCACAAACCAUUUAAUUUCCCUUUGUAUAGUAUUUUCUCUAGUACAGUAUAUCUAUUUGAAUAUCUUUGGCACAUUUUGCAAUGUCAUCAUUUUCUUAUAAAAUGUAUUGUAAAUCUGCUAGCACAUGUCAAUACAGUGAUACUUUUUGAUUCUAUGUAAAUAAAUCUAUUACAGUAACUUCA